AUGGUGGCAGGAGUGAGUAAUGCUGGGGAGCCUGACGCCUUUGAGCACCAGGGAGGGGGAGCGGGAGCAGAUGGGGAAAAUAUUCUAAUAAGAUAUCAAUCUAUUCUGUUCUCAGUCCAGAGAGAGCUGUUAUCCUCAGAGCUACAAGACUGUAAUGCCAACCUUACUAGGGUCAAAGAUCUCCUGGCAACCAUCCAAGGUUAUCAGCUGUGUUCUCCUGGCUGGGAGUUCUACAAUGGAUCAUGUUACUACUUCUCUCAAGACAAACUGACCUGGGAACAGAGUCAGUACGCCUGCAUCCGUGACGGAGGACACCUGGUCAUCAUAGAGAGUCAGCAGGAGCAGGAGUUUAUAAAACAGAGAGUUGUAACACUGGGAAUGGAUCCUUAUGAACACAGCCCCUGGAUUGGACUGACAGAUGAGAAGCAAGAGAAAGUGUGGGUCUGGAUGGACAAUACAGCUCUUAAUGAGAACCUCAAGUACUGGGACUCUAAAGAACCAAAUAACCAUGGGCCUAAAGGUGAAGUAGAAAACUGUGUCCGAAUUGGUCAACACUGUUCCAGAGAUAAAAAUUGUUGGUUUGACUUUCCAUGUGCCGAACCAUCUAAGAGAAUCUGUGAGAGUCGUGCAGUCUGUGAAAGUCGGCCAGCCACUCCAUAGUGAAGCCAAAUGUAGUGUAUUGAAUGAGUAACCAGCACAAGGCACCGUAUUGUUGAGUAGUAUAUAGGGCCAGUUUCCUUGACACAGAUCAAACCUACACUCUUAGAAAAAAGGGUUCCAAAAGGGUUUUUCAGCUGUCCCCAUAGGAGAACCCUUUUUGACUCCAGGUAGAACCCUUUUUAACUCCAGGUAGAACACUUGUGUGUUCCGUGUAGAUGAAGAACUCUCUGUUGAAAGGGUUCCACAUGGAACCCAAAAGGAUUCUACCUGGAACCAAAAACACUACUUCAAAGGGUUUUCCUAAGGGGAUGACCAAAAAAUAUUUUAGGUUUUAGAUAGCCCAUUUUUUUCUAAGAGUGUAUUGCUGGACUAAGCAUGUUCAAUGUCGUUUUGAUUAAUGUAGAGUACUACCUUCAUUUGAGCUUAUGUCCACACAACAAAUACUUCUGCUUUUAGCUAUAAUUGACUGUCAUACCUGUGUAGUUCCUCCACAUAGCCAGCUGGAUCUGACAGAUACUACUGAAAUGGAUUUAACUGUUCUAUAUAUAUUGGUAAAUAUGCUUUCUCAUGUAACAUUUGACAUGUUAGUUCAUUAACAGACGCUGUUGUCCACAGUGACCUACAAUUAGUACAUUUUAGUGAAUAAUUAGAUAUACAGAUCAAUACAGUAGUAUUAGAGAACAUAUUUAACCUGUAUGGUUUAGUCUGUAUGGUUUAACCUGUAUGGUUUAGUCUGUAUGGUUUAACCUGUAUGGUUUAGCCUGUAUGGGUUAGUCUGUAUGGUUUAGUCUGUAUGGUUUAGUCUGUAUGGUUUAGUCUGUAUGGUUUAGUCUGUAU